AUGGUAUGCGGCGACUAUAACCAACCGCGUAUAGCAUGGUAUAACUGUAAUGGUGUCAUUAAACAGGAUGAGUCUACGCAGCUACCGAAUGCAAGUGCUACUCUCAUUGACGGCAUGGAUUUUCUGAAUCUAAACCAGGCAAAUUUAAUUCGAAAUCACCUUGGACGCGUGCUUGAUUUGGUGUUUUACAACUCGGACUGCGAAAUUUCCGUACAGGAGUGUGUUGCCCCGAUGCUGCCCGUUGAUUUACACCAUCCUCUAUUGACAAUCUCAACUCCCACCACUAAAAAUGCGAUUGCUGGUUCUAGUCUCCCUUCCGCGAGGCGAGUAUUAAAUUAUAGACAAAUUGAUUUUGAUGCUUUCAAUGCUUUUAUAUCGAACAUUGAUUGGCCAGCACUGUGGCCAGACAGUAACGAUGCGGACUCGAUGGCAGCAAAUUUUUGCGCACUUGUUGGAUCAUGGCUUGCAGAUAAUUUGCCAUUUGUUAGACGACCUUCUUCCCCUGCUUGGAGUAAUCACAGUUUGAGAGUUUUGAAACGUAAACGAAACGCAUGUUUGCGCAAACUCCGUCGUUUACGGUCAGAUGAAUCGAAGCAUGAUUUUAAACGUUCAACUGAGGAAUAUCGACGACUGAACCCAAGUCUCUACAAGUCAUACGUGUUGGGAGUUCAAACAGACCUGCGUAGAAACCCGAAAAAAUUUUGGAAUUUCGUUAAUUCAAAACGGAAAUGCUUCUCGACCCCAACGGACGUGUAUUUGGAGGAAAUGGUACCCUACUCGGAUUCUGAUUCUUGCGAACUUUUUGCGAAGUUUUUCUCUUCUGUAUUCGCCUCCGAUUGUGCCUCGAAUGACGAUGCUGCUCGCGCCGCUGCGAAUGUACCUGCAGAUCUCGUUGAUCUUGACAUCUUCGAAGUUACACAUGAUAUGGUUACUGCUGCCGCUAAGAAACUCAAAUGUUCGUACACUGUUGGUCCCGAUGGAAUACCUGCCGGGCUUUUGUGCCGUUGCAUUGAUAUUCUAGCCGCUCCACUUUGCACCAUAUUCAACAAGUCUUUGGUACAAGGGAAGUUCCCCGAGGUCUGGAAGCACUCCUAUAAGUUCCAGGUCUUCAAAAGUGGUGAUCGUCGUAAUGUCAAAAAUUACCGUGGAAUAACCAAUUUGUCUGCCGCGUCUAAACUUUUCGAGAUCGUUGUAAGCUCUGUUAUAUUGAGUAGCGCACGCAACUACAUUUCUUCGGACCAGCAUGGUUUUCUCCCCGGACGAUCUGUGACAACAAAUCUCAUGCAUUUCAGAACUCGAACGUAA